GGCACGGCACGGCACGGCGGAGCGACGGGACACGGGGCGCUGGAGUCGGGUCCGUGGAUCCCCGCUUGGCACCCACCUGCCGUGCAGGAUGGGUGCUGCGGUGCCAGCAGCCGCCUGUGUCCUGCUGGCUCUGCUGCCCGUGGGCCGUGCCCAGAGCACCCCUCCAUCAGGAUGCAGCCAGGACCUCUCCUCGCUCUACUACAACCUCUGUGACCUGUCAGCAGCAUGGGGCAUCGUGCUGGAGGCCGCAGCCAGCCUGGGUGCCGUGACCAGCUUCGUGCUCACCAUCGUGCUGGUGGCCAGCCUGCCUUUUGUGCAGGACCCCCAGAAGAAGAGCCUGGUGGCCACGCAGGCCUUCUUCUUGCUGGGCACCUUUGGGCUCUUCUGCCUGACAUUUGACUUCAUCGUGGGGCGAGAUUUCUCCACCUGCACCUCUCGUCGCUUUCUCUUCGGUGUCCUCUUCGCACUCUGCUUCUCCUGCCUGCUGGCACACGCCGUGGCCCUCAAUUUCUUGGCACGGAGGAACCGUGGCCCACGAGGCUGGGUGACGCUGGCGGUGGCUCUGCUCCUGGCACUGGUGGAGGUCAUCAUCAACGCCGAGUGGCUCAUCAUCACAGUGGCCCGGCAGGAGGGCGGACCCACGGACCCCUGUGGGCUGGCGGAUGCUGAUUUCGUCAUGGCGCUCAUCUAUGUCAUGGUGCUGCUGGUGGCUGCUUUCGGCACUGCCUGGCCAACCCUCUGCGGCCGCUACACGCGCUGGAGAAAGCAUGGCGCCUUCAUCUUGGCCACCUCCGGGCUCUCCAUGGCCAUUUGGGUGGCAUGGACGGCCAUGUACCUCUACGGGAACCAACACGUGGGCAAGAAGCCCAGUUGGGAUGACCCCACGUUGGCCAUCGCUUUGGUGUCCAACGCCUACGCCUUCAUCCUCCUCUACGUCAUCCCCGAGGUGACGCACGUGACACGGCGCAGUUCUGAGCAAGGCUACGAGGACGACGUGUACCCCACGCGUGGGGUGGGCUACGAGACCAUCCUGAAGGAGCAGAAAUCGCAGAGCAUGUUUGUAGAAAACAAAGCCUUCUCCAUGGAUGAGCCUUCCUUCGCCAAGAAGCCGGUGUCCCCAUACAGCGGCUACAAUGGGCAGCUGCUGACCAGCGUCUACCAGCCCACAGAGAUGGCUCUGAUGCACAAGGGGACGAAUGAAGGUCCUUAUGAUGUGAUCCUGCCCCGUGCCACCGCCGCCAGCAGUGCCAGCUCCACGCUGCGAGCCGAGGAUGCCUUUGCCGUGCAGGCCCGACACGCUGCAGCACAGCGAGAUGCUCGGGGCAGCCAGGUGCUGUCCCCAUACAGCAGGAACCGGUGGUGAAGCCCAGAUCCUACAGCACUGGUGCAGCUGUGACCCUACCAUGCCUCCUUGCCUGGUGCAUCUGACCCUGUUGGAGCCAGUUCCUGAGCUGGGAACAUCUGGAUGCACCAUGCUGCCUGGCUGUGGCACCGCAGGCUGCCUGCUCUGCCCAGCUCCCCACUGCCACCCCAUGCUGUCCCGACACUGCCUUCACCAUGCACGGACACCAUGUCCCCUCUGGGCUGGGGAUGUUUUGCUGCUGGACAGCCAGCAGUGGGGGGGGGAGGGAGGUGCCUGCCCAGGGCUGCACCUCAUGAACCUUGCCAAGUGCUGAGCCCAGACCAGGGCACUGUACCCCAAGCCAUCCCCAGUUCUCCCAACCCUCGUGCUGUGCCUCGCUCCCCCUGUCACUGGGGGACUUGGGGGUGCUCUGGGUCUCAGCUCCCAGUGGCUUCUCCCCGCGGCUCCAACCGCCUGAUCUGUGCCUUGUCCCAGUCUCCAUGCCAGAGCUUGAGGAUCACAUUCAGGGCACUGGGAUGGAGCUGGGCCCCCUCCUUCCUCUGUUCCUCUCCCCUUUUUCAGGUCAGACCCAAUAAAGGUGAGUUUUCCUA